GGUGAAGAGAGCGGACGAGCUGCCUCCAACGUCCCGCGGACCCCCUCACCGAUGUCGCUGCGGUCGCCUCGCAGACACAAGUUGUGAUUUAUCUUCAGGUAGGCCUAUCUUGAGGGGUUUGGCUGAAACUGCGGCGAGCUGUAUGAUAUCACCCAGAGACCGCGAUCCAGAACUACACGGAGCGGCUCAGCUCAACUCCCACACCGCACGGAUGACGCUCUCCAUCUCCAUCGCGACGGGAGAAGUUGGACGGCGGACGGCUAAAGAAGUGAGCGGCGUGCAGAGCUGUGCAGAUGAGAUGACUUCUGGUCCAGGAUGUGGACGUUUCCCUCGCAGCAUCCACCGCCUGCACUAUUGUUAGUGUCGUCGCGUUUGAAGGAAGGGGGGCUUCGCUUCCUCCAGAGCAGACCAUCGUGAUCCUCGCCUGGGAAGGAUGCUGCUUCAGUGGUACCUCAAUCAACCUGUGGCACUUUGAGAACCCACAGACGCCAUAAAGCAUCCACGGUCCACCCUGACGCGGCCUGGAGGAAUGACUCCCGGACUAGACGCACAGGUCCGAACAUAAUUAUUCAAAGUAAGGAUAUGACCCCACGCUCCUGAUAUGAUGGAUGAUAGAUCCAGUAAGCUGCUCUUGGUUCCCAUCCUGGCGGUGCUCUUCGUGAUGAUCGGGUAUCAGUACAUUUGCCCCGCCGGCAGCGCCUCGUGCCACUUUAAGAGUGGGGAGCAACUCAGCGGCGUGAGUCUGCUCUCCAUCCCGUACCAGGAGAGCGACGACUUCUACCGGGACCAGGACUUGGAGGACGACAGCCCGCCCCGGGUGCCGUCCAAAUUCAACUUCACCGAGCGAGACCUCGAGCGACACGUGGAGUUCAACAUCAAAGGGGACGACGUGAUCGUGUUCCUGCACAUCCAGAAGACCGGGGGCACCACGUUCGGGAGACACCUGGUGAGGAACAUCCGCCUGGAGCAGCCCUGCGACUGCAAACCCGGGCAGAAGAAGUGUACUUGUCACCGUCCGGGCAAGGCGGAGUCCUGGCUGUUCUCCCGGUUCUCUACCGGCUGGAGCUGCGGGCUGCACGCGGACUGGACCGAGCUCACGAACUGUGUGCCUGUGGUCAUGGGCAAGAAGGAGGCGCAGAGGAACAAAAGGAACUUCUACUACAUCACGAUGCUGCGUGACCCCGUCUCCCGCUACCUCAGCGAGUGGAAGCACGUGCAGCGUGGCGCCACCUGGAAGACCUCGCUGCACAUGUGCGACGGACGCUCGCCCACGCAGGACGAGCUGCCCACCUGCUACAGCGGCGACGACUGGUCGGGCGUCUCGCUCACCGACUUCAUGGACUGCCCCUCCAACCUGGCCAACAACCGGCAGGUGCGCAUGCUGGCCGACCUCAGCCUAGUGGGCUGCUACAACCUCUCCUCCAUGAACGACAGCGAGCGCUCCCAGAUCCUGCUGACCAGCGCCAUGAGCAACCUGAAGAACAUGGCCUUCUACGGCCUCACCGAGUUCCAGCGCAAGACGCAGUACCUGUUCGAGCGGACGUUCAGCCUGCGCUUCAUCGCCGCCUUCACGCAGAUCAACAGCACGCGCGCCGCCAACGUGGACCUGAGCGAGCCGGUCCGCCGCCGCAUCGAGGAGCUGAACCUGCUGGACAUGCAGCUGUACGAGUACGCCAAGGACCUGUUCCUGCAGCGCUUCCAGUUCAGCCGCCAGCGGGAGCACCGCGAGGUGAGGCUGAAGCGCCGCGAGGAGCGCCGCUGGCUGCGGGAGCAGCGGGAACAGGUCCGGUCCUCCUGGCUGCCCCGGCACCCUGCACAGGGUCCAGAGGAGCAGGAGGAGGAGGAGGAGGAGGUGAGUGCGGGCGAUUUCCCCGCCACCACCGAAGACUACACCAGCCAAGUGGUCCGCUGGUGAGACCCCCGCAGUCCCUCUGCAAAUAAAGAGGGAGGGCGAGAGCGCUGGGAAGCGUAUGAAAGCAAUCGCUGAAGGAACAGUAUUAAUAUGUACUUUUAAUAUAUACUCUCUCUCUCUCUCUCUCGAUCUCGCCGGUGUAUCCUGUCACCCUCUCUUUCCGUGUCACUAUUCUUAUCUAUCUACUGUAUCUAUCUGUUUUACCAGCUUCAGUGUGAAACGAGUGCUCUGCUUCUUUAUUUACGGUCAUGAAACUGCCAAGUCUGCGUCUCACGGCAGCCCCGCCGUCUCGGAGUGGCCUUCUGUGUCUUAAAUCUUUAACUGGGUGGUUUUAACGAUUCCUUUCUAAUAGUGGCUGAUCUUUUUGCUGCUUUAAUCCUUCGGCCUGGUUGUUUAUCGUCGGAUGGUGAUGAGUGGUCAGGGGACUGAAAGACGAUGACGUGAGGGCUGGAGAACCUUUCAGAAGACACUGCUGCAGUGCUCACACCCUUAUUGGUUGCACAUUCACUGUGGAUUUGUGGAUGUCUGGACGAUGUUUCUGCUGCAGUAUGUGGAGACACAUGGUUCCCACUUGAAAAUGUAAUGGAAAAAAAUGACCAAAAAAAUAUAUAUUGUUGCAUGUCACGUGUCCACAUUAUACUUAGAAUCGGGGAGGAACUUCUAGAAGAAACGAGCAGAGCCAAACUUAAUCGAUAUGAAAACGUAUAUGCUACCCUGCUUUGUCGACGUAAUCCUCCAUGCUCAUCAUAUUUGAUUUGUUCGGGGAAUACCUACAACGUUGUAUCAUUUUCUUCUUUGUUCAUGUCUUUGUUUUUAAAUUUUAACUAAAUUAUAUCGCAGUGCAGUAAGUGAUUCCGCUUAGGCGUAUGCUUGUGCCAAUAAGCUACAAUUAAAUCACGACGUGUAGCCCUCCCCGACACAAACACAUAUUGACCAAUUAGAUACAGUAUCUAACUUUCUAAGGGUUUUCACAUCUCCUAUUGGUUCAGACUUUCUGUCAGUCAACCACAGAGACCCAGAGAAGAUCAGCAAUCUCCCAUUCGCCAGAAUGUUUUAGGUAAGACGUAGCCUAGGAGGUGUUCAUGUACAGUGACAAAGACAAGUCAUGUUUAUUUAUGUAGCCCUUUAACACAGUUACGGUCUCCACAGACUUCACGAGCGCACAUUCAGAUGAGAUCUGACAACCCGAAGCUUCCCAUAAACCCUUUGAGGAGCCAACCUUGAGGAGAAACUCAAACCACACACCUUCUCACCGGCUGGGAGUGCAAUCAUUCUCAGAUAGGCAAACCAAAAAAAUAACAUAUAUCAAUGAUAACUCCUUGGUUUAAGUGGUUCAAGAAUAAAGUUUUUUUUUAGCUCUAUACAAGCAGACACGAGGCACUUGAACGCACAAUAGCUGAUGAAAUGAUAUCGCUGUGUUUCCGCCCGGAGGUCUGAUUGUGAAUGAGGCCGUCGGCAUUCCGGCGGCGUAGCGCUUCGGUCGUCACGCUCCCUGCUCCGACAUGUGGGCUGAGCCCGCUGCUGAGCCCACUGUGGACGGCCGCAGCUCUAGCGCCAGAGGAGACUCCGGUCCACAAACAGACGCCAUCAAAGCAAAUGGACGAAUAAUACAACGUUUCUGUCCCCUCGGCGGUCUGAUCGCCUCCAGCUCUCCAGCUAUACGGUGCAUGCCAAUUCAUAAACACUACUGUUGCUGUCUUGAUAUGCCUCUCCCCCCGGCCCCCUAUGUCCAUUCGAGAUGUACGAUUAUCAAAUUAAACGCUCAAUAAAUGUUUGCUGCUAUUUUUUUUAAGAAUAAAUUAUUAUGUUUAAACUCUGA